UGGCCUCUUAUCUUUAUUGAGGAUGUAGUGUGAAGCUUCACUGUGGCAUCCGUCAAUUUCAAUUAUUCCCAUAGUGUCAACUUCUUGUUAUGAAGAUUGACAGUACGGAAUGUGCCCAGAUUUUGUAUUCUAAAUUGUUCUUUUAAACUGCUUCACCCCAUUGUUUGCUAGCCUGUGAUGAAUUGACAAAACUUCUGUUGAUUCUCUGAGGGCUUGCCCCCUGCUUUGGUGCUUAUUAAUAAGUCUGUGCUUGCUUUGAUAUUGGAAUGCUAAUUAAGGUAGAAUGUAAAACAGUGUUUGCCCAUCCAUGAAAACUGCCAUUUGAGGAGCAAGAAAUGAGGAGUGUAUCACCUAUUCUGUAGAGAACUUUAAAAUUAGGAGCUGGCAGUAGCAUGAGGGAAGCUGACUGUAUUUUGCAUCACAGGAGGGAAGGAGGUUGAGAACCACAGAGGCGUGUCACUUUACAUUUCAUUUGGAAUGAUAUCAGUAUAAUAACUAAAGGAAUAAUGGACUGCCUUCAAUCUUGCAUACAGUUAUUUUGAAGCUUUUUAGAUUGUCCCUCCCCCAUUUCAUCCAGUUUUCAGUGUCAGCCUGCUCUCCAGCCUCCAAUCCCUGAUAGUGGAUAUUUUGCUGAAAGCAAUCAUGAGAAUGAUGUGGCUUGCUGGUGGAUUCCACUGGAUAAAUGUAAAAGGCAGACGGGCAUUGCCGGCAGAAGCAGCAAUAUUAACUGUGGCUCCCCAUUCUUCCUACUUUGAUGCCAUUCCAGUAACUAUGACCUUCGCCUCCAUUGUGAUGAAAGCAGAAAGCAAAGAUAUUCCUGUUUGGGGAACUCUAAUCAAAUACAUCCGGCCAGUAUUUGUAUCUCGGUCAGACCAGGAUUCUCGCAGGAAAACUGUUGAAGAGAUUAAGAGGCGUGCUCAGUCUGAUGGUAAAUGGCCACAGAUAAUGAUAUUCCCAGAGGGCACUUGCACAAACCGAUCCUGUCUAAUUACAUUCAAGCCUGGAGCGUUUAUUCCUGGAGUUCCUGUACAGCCAGUGGUUUUACGUUAUCCAAACAAACUGGAUACAAUCACAUGGACGUGGCAAGGGCCAGGAGCGUUAGAAAUUCUAUGGCUUACUUUGUGUCAGUUUCACAAUUCUGUGGAAAUUGAGUUUCUGCCCGUGUAUAUUCCUUCAGAAGAAGAAAGAAAAAAUCCAGUGUUAUAUGCCAAUAAUGUCAGACGUGUAAUGGCAGAGGCAUUGGGAGUUUCAGUGACAGACUACACAUUUGAAGACUGUCAGCUAGCUUUGGCUGAAGGACAACUUCGUCUGCCUUCAGACACGUGUCUUUUAGAAUUUGCAAAGCUUGUGAGAAGCCUUGGGCUGAAGCCAGAAACACUUGAAGAUGAUCUUGAUAAAUAUGCUGCAAGUGCCAUGAAAAUGAAAAAAGAAAAGGUUGAUCUUAAAGAAUUUUCAGCAUACUUGGAAUUUCCAGUUUCUCACACAUUAGAAAGUAUGUUUGCGCUUUUUGAUGAGAAUGAAGAUGGUAUAAUUGACAUUCGGGAAUUUGUCAUUGCUCUGUCAGUUGUCUGUAAGCCAUCCAAAACUCUGGAAACAAUUCAGUUGGCAUUUCAGCUGUACCAGUCAGAAAAUGGAACUAUAACAGAAGAGGAUUUAGCUCAUAUUCUGAAGACUGCCAUGGGUGUGUCACAGAUUAAUGUUACGCAUCUUUUUAGAGCUGUAGAUGAAGAAGAAAAAGGAAAGAUUACAUAUGAUGACUUCUACAGAUUUGCUGAAUUGCACCCACACUUUGCAGAAGACUAUCUCUAUGCUGAUCAGAUGGGAGCUGAGAGUGGCUUGGAGACUUCAUCUCUUUCUGCUCCUAAUGGUAUCUGUACUGACUUCAGCCCUGAAAAUGCUGAAGAUAAAAACAAGCCCCUGCAGAAGAAACUGAAUUAACACUACAACUGUUACCUUCCUCUCCUGGUGAGAGGAUUGUCUUUUCUUGGGAUUUUCAUAAGUCACUCCAACUAUACAGCAAAUACCAGUUUUGUGUGUGAAAGUUCUUCUACCUUAAUACUGUUCUUUGAAUCGUAUGUGCUAUAUUUAACAACAUGUUCCAGGUUACUUUGGGGAAGGUGUUUUUAUUUUUUUCAAAAAGGUCUUUGAAAGGCAAAAAUGUGAAUGUGCUUCAUUAUUAAUGUUCAUAUUUAAAAGGAAGCGGCACACUUAUUUAUAUUCCAUUGGCUAGUUUCAUGUACAAAGUGUCGCACAAACUGUGCAUGUAUAAAGAAACUGUAGCUACUAUGGUGUUAAGUGCACUUUGGUGAUUAGUGUUUUCCCUAGUUAUGGGGAUGUUUAUUUGGGGCCAAACUUUGCUGUCCAUAUUUGCAUAGUCGGUCUUGUUGGUUUCAGUGGGAUUAUUCUCUCAAGCAAGGCAAGCAUAUUUUGGCCCUUUGUUUUGGUUUCAGUGAACAUUUUGGAAACAAUAAUGCAAAAACUUGCUAAGGAUUACUUUUUAUUUUUAUUGUUGAAUGACAAAAUUGUUUCUCUUUCAGUCUAUUCCAUGGUAGAAUGAAAAGGAAAGGCUUUUUAUCCCUCACCCCAACACUUUUCUACUGUAAUCUUCUGGAUGCAAUUAAACGUGAAUUUUUUUCCAAACUGACAUGCCACAUACUGUUUGCAAAUACAUGACAAAACUGUU